AUGGCGAGACAAGCUCCUGUCUCAAACAUAACAAGGCCAGCUAGCACCGGAGCUUCUUCCUCACAGCCCCUGAUCACUCCAGACCCCAAAACAUCAACGCGCGUAUCAUCAACAUGGACAACCAUCGGAACAUCUAGCUCGGCUCCCACAACACAGACAAUCUCUGAUGGAGAGGUGGUUGUUGCAGUCAUCGGCGCAACCUACGUAGCUGGCGCCGGCGGCGGAUCUCUUGUGGUUGCCGGUGUCACCCACGCUCUAGCUCCGGGAGCCGUUGUGUCAAUUAUCGGCACCGGAGCUAACGGGGAUACUCCCGAGAUUGAAAACAUCUCGAAUCCGGCCCCAUCACAGAAUCCUCAGACCUCGGGUCCAGCUGAAUCCAAACCCCCUUCAUCUGCCCCGUCAAUUCCCAGCUCGACGUCGGCGGCACCCACUUCGACAUUUGUCACAUCUUCAUCCACACCGUCAUCUACGGCUAUAACAACUCCCUACAUCAUUCUCACUUCGCAAAACUCCACAAAGGAAGAGAUCCAAGACCUCAACAGCACGCUCUCAAGAGAUGCUACUCCCAGAUCAUUAGAGGAGGUCAUCAGUGACCGCACCGGCUUAGUCGCAAUGUUCAAGGCGAAUAUCACCACUGAGCAAGCUGACGCUAUGUCAAAGCGUCCUGGUGUUGCCGGAGUUACUCCCGACGAGAGGUUGGAAGAAGAGCAACCUCCGUCGUCUUCUGCCCCGCCCUCAUCCGCUUCGCGCCAACCAACGGCCACUGGGCCACCCGGUGCGCCACAGACAAGUGUUCCUAACCCGUCUGAUAUUGCGCUUCAAUCGGAUGCAGUGGAUGAACUCAAAGCAAUCUCGCAGCCAUCUGGAGCAAGCAUUGCGGACUUGCCUGGGUUCGGAUAUGCUUCAGAAGCUGGGAAAGGAGUCACGAUCUAUGUCAUUGACACUGGCGCCAAUGCCGAGAACUCGGAAUGGACGGGCAUGACAGGAACGAAGGGCUUCAUGUAUGCCCCCGGCGCGACGAAAGACGAGACCGACUUUUUGAACCACGGCUCGUGUGUGGCUUCGAAGGCAGCCGGGCCUGCAUACGGUACUGCAAAGGGGGCUGACUUGAUUGCGGUCAAACUCCCAGGCACUCUUUCGCUUUCCGCAAUCUUCACUGCUUUGAUUGAGAUCAGCAACGAUGUUUUCCAGAAGAAGCUUGAAGGCAAAGCUGUCAUAAACAUGUCGCUAGGGUCUCGCAUUCCCGACAAGCUAUCGUCCACCACUACAGCAUACAAGCUACUCCUUGUCGCUCUUAUGGCAGAAGACAUCGUCAUUGUUACGGCUUCUGGAAACGAUGCUCAAUACGGCGUCGAUGAUGUAACGGAGUACCCUGCCCUCUUUGGACCUACCACGGACAUCAUCGUCGUGGGCGCGACUGAGAAUGACGGCUACCGCGCAUUCUUCUCGCAAGGCACUGGUGAUCAACUGACUGUUUCCGCCCCCGGCUUUGUCGAUUGCGCCUCUGGCAGAUCUGCCGGAUCACAGGAGCUUUACGGGACCUCCUUCGCCGCACCUGCAGUCGCUGGUGUGAUUGCGGUCUGGCUGUCUCAAGAUGAGCACAAGGCCCGUCUUCAGGUUCCAGGCUCAGUCGCCACAAACGUCAAGGAGAUGGUCAAAUCAUUGGCAUAUUCGAGAGUCGAAGGAGAGCCCGCCGUCAUCUGGAACGGUAUUGACCCUCGCGGGCUGGCCUGCUCUGCUCCUGGUUCUUCUGCGGGUCGACGUCGCCAAGCAGCGCCUUCAGGCGGCGCUGGUGCUUGCCAAGCAACGUCUGUUGCCUCUGCAGCUCCCACCAGUACUUCUGCUCCAGAAGCGCCAACUUCGACCUCUGGUCCUGCUCUAACGUCGGCUGCCCCCUCGUCAUCGGCAUCUGCACAGCCAUCACCGCCGCCAAAGCCGGCGUGGAGUGAUGCUCCCCAAGGUUUUACGAAGGUUUUGGAGCGGGAUGGAGUCGCCAGUGCCGACUAUGAUGCCACUUCUGAUAGUGCAAGCGAAGGAGUGACGAGCGGCAUAGAGCAGUGGUGUCUCUCCAAGUGCACUGAUCAAUGCGCCUCUGUCUUCCUUUACAGAGUUCUUCAACUCACCCGUGGUGCCUACAACCCAUAUUACAUCUGCAACAGAUACGAUAAGGUGUGGUCUGAUAAUUUUAUCCAAACCGGAAUAAGUUCAAGUGAUGCGGGAGUAGCAUUCAACAAAGUAUAG